AUGCUUAUUAUCUCUCGGUUCUCCAACUAUGUCGUGGUCCUCUCACUCUGGGCUACCUUGAUGCUCUGGGCAAAAGCUGCCGCGGUUGAGUUUCUGUCAUAUCAACCGUCAUUUUCCAAGCUGAUAGGUCAGAAUGCGACUGGCAAAGUCGCCCAAGAGACUUCAUGGGAAGCCUUUCAUGAGGGUGGUAUCUAUAAUAAGAAGGAUAAUUCGCUGUACAUCUCCUCUAACUUCGACACCGUCGGCAACCCCAUCAACAUCACAGUACUAUCUCUCGACGACCUUUCAAUUCGAAGUCAGCGGUACGUCAACUUGAGCAUGCCCAAUGGCGGAUCAGUAUUUCGUGCCAAUAGAGGAGGAAGGUAUAUGGGGUCAGACCAGACUUUGCAAGUUUGGUGUGAUCAGGGCGACACGAAUAAUUAUUCCAAGCUAGUCUCUCUGGACCCUGAUGCCAACCAAACAACAACGCUUUUCUCAAGUUUCUUCAACCGGAACUUCACGUCUAUAAAUGACGUCCGUCAGCACCCGGAGACCGGUGACCUCUGGUUUACCGACGCUACAUACGCCUACUUCAAUGGCUUCCGCCCCAGCCCUCAAAUGCCUACGCAAGUCUAUCGGUAUGAUAUGGACAGUAAAAGUAUCCAGGUUGUAGCAGAUGGCCUUCAACAGCCGAAUGGGAUCGAGUUCUCGCCGGAUUACAAGACGCUGUACGUCUCUGACACAGGCGCUGCUACGACAAGAUUGACUCCUACAGGUCCGGCGACAGUCUACGCCUUUGAUGUCGUCAAUCGGAAAAGGAGCUUGACGAACAAAAGGGUCCUCGCCUACGCUGAUAAUGGAAUCCCCGAUGGAUUACACACAGAUAUCGAGGGAAAUGUUUGGGCGUCCUGUGGCGACGGAGUCCACGCGUGGGACUCUUCGGGAGUUCUGCUGGGAAAGAUUUUCACCAACGACUACACAAGCAACUUUGCUUUCGUCCCAGGAGGGAUGUUCAUCUUCUCUAACAAGCGUCUCUGGGCCAUUGAAAACCUUAUUGCUCUUGGAAGAGAGGUCUGCGACGACUUUGGUUCUCAUGUUGACCGGCGGUGCAACGAGCGAAGGAACUAG